UCUGUCAUUGGGACUACAUUUCCCAGGCGCACUUGCGCUCCCCUUUCUCCCCUGCAUGCGCAGUCGCGAGUGUGCGUGUGAGCGGGUUGGGGGUUGGGUGGCGGCGACGGCUCUUCUGUGGAAGGAGCUCGCGCGGGGCGGCGGCGGCGGGUCCGGAGAGGCGGCGGCGCUGUCACCUCGCAGCGAGUAACCAACAUUCUGCUGUCCCCCCUUGAAGAUGGUGAAGCUGGACAUUCACACGUUGGCUCAUCACCUCAAGCAGGAACGGCUCUAUGUGAACUCCGAAAAGCAGCUGAUCCAGAGACUUAAUGCUGAUGUGCUGAAGACUGCCGAAAAGCUGUACCGCACGGCAUGGAUUUCCAAACAACAGAGGAUUAACUUGGACCGGCUGAUCAUAACAAGUGCUGAAGCUUCCCCAGCUGAAUGCUGCCAGCAUGCCAAGGUCUUGGAGGACACGCAGUUUGUGGAUGGGUACAAGCAGUUGGGCUUCCAAGAGACAGCCUAUGGUGAAUUUCUUAAUAGGCUGCGUGAAAACCCUCGCCUUAUUGCAUCCUGCCUGGUUGCAGGAGAGAAGCUCAACCAGGAGAACACACAGAGCGUCAUCCAUACCGUCUUCACCUCCAUCUACGGCAACUGCAUCAUGCCAGAGGACGAAAGCUACCUCCUCCAAGUCUUGCGCUACUUGGUUGAGUUUGAGCUCAAGGAGAGCGAUAACCCCAGGCGGCUUCUCAGGAGAGGCACGUGUGCAUUCAGCAUUCUGUUCAAACUCUUUUCCGAGGGGCUCUUUUCGGCCAAGCUCUUCCUCACUGCCACUUUGCACGAACCCAUCAUGCAGCUGCUGGUCGAGGAUGAAGACCAUCUGGAGACCGACCCCAGCAAACUGAUCGACCGCUUCUCACCUGCCCAGCAGGAGAAGCUCUUUGGGGAAAAGGGCACGGAAAAAUUCAGGCAAAAAGUCCAGGAGAUGGUGGAGUCCAAUGAGGCAAAGCUGGUGGCCCUGGUGAACAAGUUCAUUGGCUACCUCAAGCAGAACACCUACUGCUUCCCACACAGCUUGCGGUGGAUCGUAUCCCAGAUGUACAAAACGCUCUCGUGUGUGGACAGGCUAGACAUUGGGGAAGUGAGAGCCAUGUGCACGGACCUUCUCUUGGCUUGCUUCAUUUGUCCCGCAGUGGUCAACCCAGAGCAGUGCGGGAUUAUUUCCGAUGCCCCAAUCAAUGAAGUGGCAAGAUUUAACCUGAUGCAGGUUGGGAGACUUCUGCAGCAGCUGGCAAUGACUGGAUCUGAGGAAGGAGACCCCCGCACAAAGGGCCACCUGGGUAAAUUUGACAAAGGUUGUGUGGCCGCGUUCUUGGAUGUUGUCAUCAGUGGGCGUGCAGUGGAAACCCCUCCCAUGUCCUCAGUAAACCUCUUGGAAGGGCUGAGUAGAACCGUGGUUUACAUGACGUACGGCCAGCUCACUGCCCUGGUCAGCUUUAUGCGGAACGUUAUGUCAGGCGACCAGCUGAAGGAAGACCACAUGGCCCUGGAAACCCUUCUGUUAACCUUACCCCAGAACAAGCCAGGAAAAAGCAGCAGCCUGGAAAUGACCCCAUACAACACCCCUCAGCUUUCGCCUGCAACCACGCCAGCCAACAAGAAAAACCGGUUGCCUAUAGGACACCAGUUGGCAGCCAUCACUGCCUGGGAUACGUCUGCUACCAACCUGACAGCUCACAUAAACCUAGUAACCCCAUUUGCUACUCGCAGCAGGAGCCGAUCGAAUAUUCAAGCAGACCAGCAUGCGGACCAUGAUGGAUUCUCCCAGGAGACGAUACAGGAAGUUCAACCAGAAGAAGUCUUGGUUAUUUCUCUUGGGACGGGGCCCCAAAUAACUCCAGGAAUGAUGUCGGAAAAUGAGGUUUUAAACAUGCAGCUUGCUGAUGGAGGGCAAGGAGAUGUCCCUGUUGAUGAAACCAAACUCCACGGUAAACCUGAUAAAACCUUGCGCUUUUCCCUCUGCAGUGAUAAUCUGGAAGGAAUAUCUGAAGGCCCUUCAAACCGCUCUAAUUCCGUGUCCUCCCUGGAUUUGGAGGGGGAAUCUGUCUCUGAACUCGGUGCAGGCCCCUCAGGAAGCAACGGAGUGGAAGCUCUGCAGCUUCUGGAGCACGAGCAAGCCACCACUCAGGAUAACCUUGACGACAAGCUCCGUAAAUUUGAGAUCCGUGACAUGAUGGGGUUAACGGACGACAGGGACAUCUCUGAAACUGUCAGCGAGACGUGGAGCACAGACGUUCUGGGGAGCGACUUUGAUCCCAAUAUUGAUGAGGACCGCUUGCAGGAAAUUGCAGGUGCUGCUGCAGAGAAUAUGCUGGGAAGCUUGCUGUGCUUGCCUGGCUCAGGAUCGGUGCUAUUCGACCCCUGCACGGGCUCAACCAUCUCGGAAACAACCAGUGAGGCUUGGAGCGUUGAAGUGCUACCAAGUGAUUCAGAGGCCCCAGACCUAAAGCAAGAGGAAAGGCUGCAGGAGCUGGAGAGCUGCUCUGGGGUUGGGAGCACCUCUGACGAUACCGACGUGAGGGAGGUCAGUUCCCGUCCCAGCACACCAGGCCUCAGUGUCGUGUCAGGCAUCAGCGCGACCUCUGAAGACAUCCCAAACAAGAUUGAGGACCUCCGGUCUGAGUGCAGCUCUGACUUUGGCGGGAAAGAUUCAGUCACCAGCCCCGACAUGGAUGAAACAGGUCAUGGAGCCAGCCAGCUGACCUCACCCCCUUCCCAGGCAGACUCCUUGCUUGCCAUGUUCGACCCCUUGUCUUCUCACGAAGCAGUGGUGAGGCCUAAAGUGCACUAUGCAAGACCUUCGCACCCCCCACCAGACCCCCCGAUCCUGGAAGGGACCCUAGGAGGCAACGAGGCAAGGCUCCCCAACUUCAGCUCCCACACAGCGAUACUCAUUGACUCCGAGGCGUUCAGGCAGCGGUACUCCUACCCCGAAAGACUUGUGCGGAGUAGAAGUUCAGAUAUAGUGCCCUCGGUUCGGCGGCCGAUGAGCGAUCCUGGCUGGAACAGGCGUGCCGGUAACGAGGAGAGGGAGCUUUCCGCGCCUGGUGGGAGUGUUGGAGGAGCUCCUUUGAUUGCAGCCCCUCAGUCCUCUUCCUCGUCUCCCAGCAAAGAUUCCUGUCGAGGAGAGGUCGAGGAUCGAAAAGACAGCGAUGAUGAGAAAUCUGACCGGAACAAGCCGUGGUGGAGAAAGCGAUUUGUUUCAGCCAUGCCCAAAGCUCCAAUCCCAUUUAGGAAAAGAGAAAAGGAGAAGGACAAAGAGGAUUUUGUGCCAGAUAGAUACAACUCCGUUCAAGAUGACUCUGGCCCUAGGCUGAGCGCUCAGGCCCAGGCAGCAGAAGACAUCCUGGACAAGUACAGGAAUGCAAUUAAGCGGACCAGCCCCAACGAGGGGGCUGUUGUGAGCUAUGACAGUACAGAUGCCAUCGGCGAUGGCGAGAGCAUCCAUGACUCUCCGCGGGACGACGCCUUGCAGAACAUGUCUGCGGAUGACCUCCCAGAUUCUGCCAGUCAAGCGGCUCAGCCCCAGGAUUCUGCUUUCUCCUACAGAGAUGCAAAGAAGAAACUGCGGCUCGCCCUGUGUUCAGCAGAUUCCGUGGCCUUCCCCAUGUUGUCCCACUCGACACAGAACGGCUUGCCAGACCACACGGACCCUGAAGACAACGAAAUUGUCUGCUUCCUAAAAGUCCAGCUUGCUGAAGCCAUCAAUCUUCAGGACAAGAACCUGAUGGCCCAGCUCCAGGAGACCAUGCGCUGCGUCGGCCGCUUUGACAACCGGACCUGCCGCAAACUGUUGGCCUCGAUCGCUGAGGAUUACAGGAAAAGGGCUCCGUAUAUUGCGUAUCUGACGCGGUGCCGCCAAGGCCUCCAGACCACCCAGGCCCACCUGGAAAGGCUGUUGCAAAGAGUCCUGCGAGACAAAGAAGUGGCCAACCGAUACUUCACCACGGUGUGUGUGCGGCUGUUGCUGGAGAGCAAAGAGUCAAAGAUCAGGGAGUUCAUUCAAGAUUUCCAGAAGCUGACGGCAGCAGAUGACAAAACCGCCCAGGUGGAGGACUUCCUCCAGUUCCUCUAUGGGGCGAUGGCCCAGGAUGUCAUCUGGCAGAACGCCAGCGAGGAACAGCUCCAGGACGCCCAGCUGGCCAUCGAGCGCAGCGUCAUGAACCGCAUCUUCAAGCUGGCCUUUUACCCGAACCAAGACGGAGACAUUCUGCGCGACCAGCUUCUCCAUGAUCACAUCCAGAGGUUAUCCAAAGUGGUGACUGCGAACCAUAAAGCACUUCAGAUACCUGAGGUCUAUCUCCGCGAAGCACCGUGGCCUUCAGCACAAUCCGAAAUCUGCACCAUCAGCGCCUACAAGACCCCCCGGGACAAGCUGCAGUGUGUCUUGCGGAUGUGCUCCACUAUCAUGAACUUGCUGAGUCUGGCCAACGAAGACUCGGUCCCCGGGGCUGAUGACUUCGUCCCUGUUCUUGUUUUUGUUCUCAUCAAGGCCAACCCGCCCUGCUUGUUGUCCACUGUCCAGUACAUCAGUAGCUUCUACGCCAACUGCUUAACUGGAGAAGAAUCCUACUGGUGGAUGCAGUUCACGGCGGCGGUGGAGUUCAUUAAGACAAUAGACGAGCGCAAGUAAACCAGCCCAGUGUCUCUGCUAGGAACAGAACUGCCCACAGAGAAGACCUCUACGAAUGUAUGUCACCUGUUCCCUGUUCCUUCCAGGCUACAGGAAAACGAGAAGGGCGGGGGAAAGACUCCCGUGUAUAAUAUUGUACAGAAUCCAAGCAUUUUAAAAAAAAAAACUUUACUAAUCAGACUAAUUCCAAUAGGGUGAUUUGGGGUUGUUAUUUUGGUCUCCCUUUUUUUUCUUUUCAAAUCCUCUUCCCCAUAGAAACUAGCACUGUGUCAUGUCACAAUUAAAAUUAAAAAGGGACCACAUUGCUAAGGUAUCCAGGCCUUUCUCCUGCCUCAACCUCCACACAUCAACAUCUUUUUCUAACAGUUAAUUUUCUUUUUUUUUUAAAUAGUCUUUUUUAAAAAAAAAAAAAUUGGGGAGGAAUAAAUAAGGGUAAGCACUUUCUAAUGAUCCUCAUUUACCUAACACAUUUUCUUGGUGAGAGGGAAGCCACCAGCCACAUGGAACUGUUUGCAGCAAGUGAAGGGGCAAACUUGAAUCAUGAAAGAACAAUGUAAAUAGAUAACAGUAAUUACACUUUAACAAACCUCUGCCAUAGUUGGCCUUGCUAAGCCUGCCUUUCUGCAGCAAGCAGGUGACCCCUUUUUAUCCAGGUAAAUUCUGUGACCCUCAGUGGAAUUUUAGCUACAUUGGGGGGCGGGGGGGAGAGAAAGGACUGAAGACUCGGUAUUUAUUAAAAUGUAAAUGCUUAGCAAAUGUUUACUAAAAACUGGAAAUGAUUCAUAGGGCUUUUCUCAUUUGCAUCUUUCUAAUUUUGAAUGGGGCAUUAGAGUAUUCAUCUGUUGCACAAAAGAGGUGAGGGUUAGGGGGUUUAUAAAGGGAUUGUUUGAAGAUAAAUUCUAAUAUAAAAAAAAGAAACAUCAAUACCGUUGGUUUGUUUGUUUUUUUGAUUUGCUUUCCUUCCUAUUUUGAAAUACUGUGUAUAUUGUACAAACCCCGAACGGAAUUUUCCCCUAUGAAACCAGAAACUGUAAUAUAUAUUUUGAUUAUUCAUAUUAAAAACAUAUGCCAAGGGUUUA